GCCACCGACCCGCCUUUGUCUAGCUGCCUGCGUGCGGUUGCCCUAGGAAACGGUUCUUGUCUCGAGUCUCCAUAUACUCCUCGUCUCUGUGAUACCCCCACACCCACGACCUGCAAACGCUUCACGGCUACAGCCUGAAGACUCGGCGAACGCAGCUUCGCGCCUGAUCCCAUACUGCCGCUACUAUGAAGCUCACUGCUCUUAGCAUAUCACCCCUCUGUCUACUUGCCGGACAUGUCUAUGCGCAAGAAACGCUUGCAGUGAGGAUUACGGACAUACAAGGACCCUCCUUCCAAUCUCCGUUCUCCGGGCAGUACGUGGAAGUAACUGGAGUCGUGACUGCGAAGGAUAGGUACGGCGCGUGGAUCCAAGGGGAGAGUGUAGAUGACGAGCGAAUCUCGACUGGUCUUCGUCUGUUUGGAAACCUUGCAUCCAAGCUCACUCAAGUCGGAGACCUUGUCUCCGUGGCUGGGCGAGUCACCGAAUAUCGCUCAAGAGACAACGACCUGUUCCUCACGGAGCUCGACCAACUCUCUUCGGUGAAGACUCUUUCGACAGGCCAUGCGAUCGCACCUCUUGUUCUCGGUGUCGACCGAACGCCUCCACGGAACCAGUUCUCCUCGCUCGAUACAGGCUCUGACGGAUGGCUCUCAUUCCCCAACAACAUCACUCUGCUCGAAUCUGUCAACGCGACUUUGCGUCCGGAUGAGUUCGGCUUGGACUUCUGGGAAAGCCUGGAGGGUCAACUUGUCACCGUGCCAUCUCCCACUGCCGCGAACUUCCCGGAUAGAUUUGGCUCCGUGUGGGUGUACGGCGACUGGCCCGUGACGGGACAGAACCAGCGGGGCGGCCUCACCAUACAUACCGAUACGCACGGCGUUCCACCAGCGCACUCAGAAGCCAUACUCAUCGGACGUCCUCUUGACGGGAGCCGCAACCCCAAGACUAUGAUGGGCAUGAAGCUGGCCAACAUCACCGGUGUUGUGACUUACCAGUUUGGGGCCUACUACGUUAUGCCCCUUGCCGCGCCUGAGGUGCUCGCGGCUCCUUCUACGGAGGUUUCACCGUCAACACUCAACUCGAGCACGCACGUCUGUCAACUCCGCAUCGGUGACUACAACGUUGAGAACAUGUCCCCGCGUUCACGUCACAUCCCCCGCAUCUCCGAGCACAUAGCGGACUACCUUCACACUCCCGACAUCGUGUUUGUGCAAGAGAUUCAGGAUGACUCUGGGCCGCGCAACAACGGCAUCGUGAGCGCGAACAAGACGCUUAAGGCGCUCGCCGACGCGAUCGAGAAAGCCAGCGGUGUGAAGUACCACUUCGUGAACAUCGAUCCCCAGGACAACAAGGACGGUGGUGCACCGGGUGGAAACAUUCGCGUCGCAUACUUGUGGCGCCCAGAGCGCGUAUCUCUGGCCCCCGGCGUUCGGGGGAAUGCAACGCUUUCCACCAAUCCAGUAGCAGACGUAGACGGCAAUGUGGAGCUCAGCUACAACCCUGGGCGCAUCGACCCGCUUCAUUCUGCAUGGGAGGAGACGCGGAAGCCGCUAGCGGCGGCGUGGCAGACCACCUCCGGCGAGCGUUUCUACACUGUCAACGUGCAUCUGAGCUCCAAACGCGAUAGCUCGUCUGCGCAGGGCGACGCCCGCCCGCCCGUGAACGGCCACGCCGAACGUCGUCUCAGCCAGGUCAACGUCACUGCCACGUUCGUGCGCUCGCUGCUCGACCUGGACCCGAACGCGAGCGUCAUCGUCGCGGGCGACAUGAACGAGUACCUCGCCACUCGCGCCGUCCUCCGCCCGCUGUCUGCGGUGCUGCACGACGCGAACGAGGUAGCAGGCGUGCCCCCAGCCGAGCGCUACACGUACGCGUACGACCAGAACGCGCAGGAGAUCGACCACGUCUUUGUCUCAGAGGCGAUCGCGCAGCGGCGCGGAGGCGUACUUUCCGGUGCAGGCUCUGGCGUGGAGGUGGAGCAUGUGCAUGUUAACACUUGGGCGGAGACCAUUGGUUCGCGGGCGAGCGACCAUGACCCGACGGUGGUACGGCUGUGGGUGUGCGAUCCCGAAGCUGACGAGUGGUCUCGAGCGGCGGAGCUCGGCGAGGACCAUGGCCAAACCAUCUUGUGAUCCAGGUUGGACACCAUCCGCCCAUGGACGACUCUCGCUUGGUUAGCAACAUAACACCUGUAUCUGCACUUAGCUUUCUGUGUACAGUAUUGAAUUUCAACUACGAGUGAAUACCCGCC